UAUAGUUCUAUUUUAUCUUCUAUAAAUUUUUGUGAUACGUAGCAUUAAUCUUCUUUCUAAUUUGUGUUUUCAUUUUUAUCUCUUUUCAGAAUCGCUAUGGAUCUUGACCGAAGCAUCCAUUCUGAGGAAGAAGAUGAUAUUCAAGAGGAUGAUAUUCAAGAGCCAUCAACUACUCCACUUUGGAAAUAUGUUACAAAAGUUCCUGUUGAAAAAGGAUCCAAAGGUGGAGGUGGAUCAGCAAAGUUUAUAUGCAACUUUGGCUGCCACGUUAAGCCUUACACUGGGUCUUAUUUGCGAGUUUGGGCACACUUGAUAGGCAUACCACCUGCACAGAAGAAACAAGGCAUGCAAGUGUGUGCAAAGCUGACACACGAUGAUAUUGAAUAGCUAAAGAAAGAGGAAUCAGAUGCUAAACGGAUGUUCAUAAAUUUUAAGGCCAGAAAAAAAACUCCCCAUUGAACAGUAGGUAUGUGAUCAAGCUACUGUCAAGGGAACAGUUGAUAACAUGUUCCAUAUUACUAGAAGAGAAGACGUUGAUCAGAAGAUUGCAAGCUGCCUUGAUCAAAACGGCGAACCCUUUAAUAUUGUGAGGUCUCCAUCGUGGGCAGACUUGGUUCAUGCAAUCAACACUGCACCUAAAGGGUACAAAUCCCCUAAUUAUGAAAAGGUCAGGACUUCCUUGUUGGACAAAGAACAAAUCAAGGUGCAGCAACCCCUCGCCCCUUUGAUGCAAGAUUGAAGCACACAUGGAGUAUCCAUUAUUUCUGAUGGCUGGUCUAAUUUAAGGAAUGAAGCCUUGGUUAACGUCAUGGCUAUCUCAGAUGGUAGAGCCAUUUUUAUUAGUUCGUAUGAAGUUUCUGCUGUGGAGAAAAACGCAGCAAAUAUUGCUAAGUUGCUCUUCAAAGCCAUUGAUUAUGUUGGCCCCUCAAAUGUCGUGCAAGUUGUAACAGAUAAUGCUGCGAAUUACAAGGCAGUAGGAGAAAUUAUUCAACGGAAACAUCCCCACGUAUUUUGGUCCUACUGCUUAGCUCACACUCUCUGAAUUUGCUGAUGAAAGAUAUAGCAAAGUCUAAAGAUCAGGCUUUGUCUUUUGUUGAUGAGACCUAUAAAAAAGGCAAAGCAGCGGUGAAGUACAUCAAAAACCACAGCUCUUCUCAGGCCCUAUUCAAGUCUUUCUCUCAGUUACAACUUCUUAAGGCAAAUAAGACAAGAUUUGGGCACCACUACAUUGUGAUGCAUUGAGUUGAGAAAGUGAGAUCAGCUUUGGUUUCUGUGGUUCUAAGCAGCCAAUGGGGAAACUAGAGAAGGAGUUCAUCAGCCCCGGAAGAGCAUGACAAUGUCCAAGAUACGAUAAUGAAUGAUGAUUUCUGGAGAAAAGCAAAGAGAAUCCUCCGAAUCACAAAGCCAAUUUACAAAAUGCUAAGGUUUUCAGACACAAACAAGGCUAUUAUUGGUAAAGUUUAUGAACAAAUGGAUACUAUGUUGGGGCAAAUCAAGGAUAUUCUUUCAAAUGAUCCAGUGGUUUAUAACUUGAUUCAUACUCUAGUGGUGGCAAGAUGGGACAUGAUGAAAAUUCCCUUGCAUUGCCUAGCAUAUGUUUUGGUUCCAAGAUACUACACAAAUACUUGGCUUUUAAAGCCUGCUCCAGGUGGUGGGAGGAGGAAAAAACCUCAUAUCGAUUAUGAGGUUCAAAGGGGUUAUCUCGAAGCGAUUGAGAAAAUCAUCCAGGAUCCUAUUGAAGCUGGUUUGAUUAGGCAACAAAUAAGUGAUUUUGUGAGUAACAAAGGUGUUUUUGCGCAACCACAAGUGGUGCACAAUAGAGCAACCAUGACUACACUAUCAUGGUGGCAUUUAUACGGCGGGGUAGCACCUGCAUUGCUCUCCCUAGCUCUCAAAGUCUUGUCUCAAAGUGUAAACACUUCGUGUGCUAAAAGGUGCUGGAGUACGCACUCUUACAUUCACAGCAUCAAGAGGAAUAGGUUGAACAAUGAGAGAGCUAAAAAAUUGGUACCUGUGCACUACAAUCAAAGGUUGUUGUCAAAGUAUAGAAAUGAUUAUGAAAAGUUUAAGAACUGGGAUGUGCUUGGUCAUGAUGCCAAUAUUGAGAAGGAUCUCUUGACAAUGGAAGCAAGAGAAAACGUAUCGCUUUCUGAAAGUGAAGAUGAAGCUGUCCCCGGUAACAACUCCAUUCCUACACCAUCACCAACUUCUGCAAUGUCUUCAUCGUGUCCAUCUCCAAGCCUCACAAGUCCUUCGCCUGAGCAAACAGUAGCACAAAGGCGACUUGAAAGAGCGCGUGGCAAAAAGCAAAAGAAAUUAGGAUUCUACUGAUGACAAAUGAGAUCAGAGUGUGCCUUUUGGUGGGUCAGUGUCAGUUUUUGUGGAACAGUUCUCUUGUCUUUUGUUUUUUCUUUCGUUGGGUCAGUUGUUAUUUUACUAUUUUUUCUUUUGUUGGAUUAGUUUUCAUAUGCUCUCUUUUGGCUUCCCUUUGAGGAUUGAACUAUGAUUUGGCUAGAUUUAAUCCUUGUAUGAGCAUUAUGUUUGCAAUGGGAAUUCUCAGAUUUAAAGUUUUCUAAGUUGACCACAAUAUUCAAUUUUUUAUUAUAUACUCAUGUUUUAAUAUAUAUAAAAAUAUAUAUAGCCGCUCCCAAACUAAGGAGCUUCUAAGCACCUCCG